AUGGAGAAAUCAAGUACGGUUUCAUCGGGUAUCGGAGAUUUGUCGGAGACCGGAGAUACGCCGUAUGCCGGAACGCUGAUGUCCGUCUUGAUGUGUCCGCCCGACGGAGGUAUUUGGUCGGUGUUAACUUGUGUGCUCGGUUUUGUGGCCAUGAUGAUUUUGGACGGUGUGUGCUUGUCAUUGUUUCUAUACGACAGUCGUGUCGGCAUGACUGAACAAGUGUCGUCGCCGAUGCCCGCCCUGGAACACUUGGCCGUCAUCGGCUUUUGCCACUAUUUUAUUGGUAAGAAACCGGCAUGUGUUAUUUUAUACAUGUGCCUUUUUAAACAUAUAGGCAAGACGUUGCUGCUCCUAAAUUAUAAUUCUUAUUUUUCUGUAAUUGAAUUUUAAUCUGACACCCAUUGGUUUACAUACCUAUAAAAUGUAUCAAAUCGUAAAAUAAUUCCGAUUGAACUUCGUUAAACUCGGUAAACAUCAUAGGUGUUUUCUUUCCUUGAAGCCGAGAUAACCCAGAAAUUAAUGAAAAAAAAACUGUCAUAAAUUGCCAUUUGUUUUUUAAUAUUUUAGAAAAACUAUUGAGAAUUUCAAAAAAAAAAUUCGAGUAAAGUACCACCGUGCGAAAAUUUUGCAUAAUUUAAGGUACUGCGAACAAAAAUCUACUCACUAAAAGUGUUUAAAGAAAGUACAUAAAAAACAACUUUUUAGAUGGUGUCUAAUUGUUAAUUCUAUGUGUCUUUACUAAUAAUAGAAUUUAAAACAAUACAAGUUUCUACGUGCAUUUCUGUACAAUACCUAGUCAAUAUAUUGUUACAUGACCCUACAAUUGGGUCAAACAGUUCCACCCCUAUAAAAAGUUACUGUAGACUUGGGCUUAUCCUUUAAACUCGCCCUGUUUAAAUAUUAUAAAUAUAGUUUACUAACACCUAUAUUAAAAUUUAUCUCUGUUUACAGAAACGUUUUCGUGUGCGUACAUCAACCGGUAUGGUUUUCGAUAUUGUUUAUUCUUCGGUAGUACAUUGUCCGUCACGUGGAUUACGUUAUUGAAAUUAUUUGUCGAUUACGUAGUCGAUGAAUUACCUUUCGGACAAUUUUAUUAUUUUUUCUUAGCCGCCGUCGGAGGUAAGUUGAGAAAUAUAAUGAUUUUUAGUAUGCAUACUUACAUUUAAAUAUUGUUUAAAGUUACUACAAUUUAAAUAGAUCAUUGAUUUUUUAAUUCGUAUUUCAAAUACCAUCUUAUAAACAAAAUAUUAUAAGUUAUUAUAAUAUAUAAUCUAAUUCGUAUCAUGUAUAACAAUUCUAACCAUCACUAUACAGUUUGCGAGGAAACUAUAUGUAAAAUGAUAAUAGACUAUAUAAAAUGUACACGUCGGAUCCAUUUGAUAAACGUUUACAUUUCACGAAAAGUUAUCGUGUGUUCACAAAAAACAUUUUUUUCUUUUUACAUUUGAUGAAAUAGGCAUUUGGAAAUUUUCAUGAAAUGGAUAUCUUUUUCGGAAUGGAUGCUUAAAUAUUUGAUUGCAGAUAUCGUGUUAUUUUUUUAUAAUCAUUUAAUUAUUCAAUAAAAUGGACUCAAUUUCAUUAAUUGGAUAACUUUUCCUGAAAAUUGCAAUAUUUUAUAAAGUGGAUCUCUAAAUGUUUUUUUUUUCUAAAGAUAACGUAAUUUUUAUUUUGAAAUACGCUAUUUGUAUAGGUAUCGGAAUCGGUAUGGUUAAAAUGGCGUUCGUCGUGUUAUUAUCUUCGCUGUUUGUCGUCAAACGCGAAUUUGCACAUCUGUGUCUACAUAUGGGAAGUUUUACCGGAAUGUUGCUAAUUCCACCUUUUACGGAAUUCCUAAUACUGAAUGGUAGCUGGCAAUCCUCGAUGUACCUUCAUUUAGGUUGGUAAGGUGAAAAGUGUAAAAUUAAACGUUUCGAUACAGUUUAAUAAUUUAAGGGGUUUGGUGACGGUUUUCUAGAAUUUUAUUAAAUUAGUCACCAUCUUAAUGAUCAGACUUUUCCACUUAUCUUCUGUCCUCUAUUCACUUAAAGGGAUCGGAUUUGGACCUUUUUACGGAUGAAUAUGAUGUUUUAGACCGAAAAGUCAGACAAAACUGUAUAGGAAUUGCAUUUGAUUACAAUCACGGAUUAUAAUUUUACAAAUCUGCAAGAUUUUGACAAUUUCUUGUGAAACAAUUAAAUUUCUAUUUUUAGCUAAUAGUGAACCUAACGAACCAUAACCAGUUUUCAAAAAUGAAAUUCAUCAACAACAAUUCCUACAGUUUGAUCUGGCUUUUAGGUCAAAAUUUACUAAAAUAUACAGUCACUGUUAUCCUCUAAAAAUUAUAUCGACGCGACACUUUAUCAAUAUGGUACAUGUAUUAAUAGGUCUGACGAGUUUCACGUUAAUGUUUUGGUUACUGGUCGCCACGCCGGUGCCAUUGUACGUCUGCGAAGAAACGUCCGAUGAUGAAAAUUUGCAUCACCUGUCCGACGACUCCGAGUCCGACGGAAUCGUCGACACAGUCGCUGAUAUAAAGUGAUUAGAUAUUAAUAAUUCAUUAAGGAAAUUAUCUUUUCAGUGUAAAUUAAUAGUUUUUACGAGGUAUACGUAAAUAUUAUUUUUCAAUAUCGUUCGAAAAUAUAUUUAGCGAGAUUUCAUGUUAUUAUUGACACAUCAUAUAUUAUAAUAUUACUUACAUUGAUUUUUUAUCCAAUUUUUAUUACAUAGAUUUGAAAUCGGAUUUAAUAUAUUGUUUCAAAACACCGUCUUCCAUUUUAGUAGGUACACCGAACUUUAAUAGUAAUUCCUAAUCCUUUGGCAAUCACCUUAAACGUUGAAUUUUUGAUAGUUUCUUUUUACUUCCAUGAACAUUAUAAAGUUUCCGUAAUUGUAAUUUGCAGACUACGAUUCGUACCGUUAACGGUGGAAACGCAGUUGUGUGGUUCUUGCAGACCGUAUGUGUCUGUGGGCCUGAACGCCAAUUGGCUAUACGCAAACAAAACAAUCCGACGGAUGUGCGUCCGAAACUUGACGAAUAUGUUCAAAGGCAGUACGAUUGGUGCUCGGCCAAUGUACCAACAAGACAUUAUGUUCGACGGCAACGUCAUGGUGUUGGCGGCCAAUUUAAAAGCGGUGCAAAACUAUAUACUAUACGUAUUAUCAGAUUUUUUGCUUUCCACAUUUUUAUUCGCACAAUGUUUACUUUGAAAAUUUAUUCUGCUACGUACAUUUUGGUAAAAUACCCGGAUGACACAUCAUGAAUGAAAUUUAUUUAUUCGUUAUUCACCACAGUUUUUUUAAGGAAAAGGUUAAUGCAUGUAAAAAAAAAUGAAUCGAGAAAACUUACUGCACUACAGUAGUUUGAAAAUUUCACAAAAUUUCCGUCCUAUCCGCCGUUCAUCAUUCGUGUACUUAUAGCGGUUUUUCAACAUACAGUUGUCCAUAAUAUUUUGUCUGUUCUGUUUAUAGCUCAACAGAUUCGAAGAGUUUUCUGCUAAAAUGAUAUCGGUUGUGACCAUUGACGACAUAAAUGAAGAAAAGUAUAACCGAUGCAACUUGUGUUCAAUUGCCGUAACCCGAGUGCUCAAAUCGAUGUUUAAUAUGUCGAUUUGGCUCGACGGAAAAUUCGUCGUGUUGGCAGCGAGCAAUGCUUUGAUCUACAGCUCGUGUCUUUUACCGGUUCUUUUCAUUAAAGGUAAACAUACAAUUGAAACUUUUAUUUUUAUUACAGUGGUAUCAACUACCGAGAGUGCAAAAGUAUUGCGGGGGUUGCAAAUAAUAACUACAAUGCGGCAAGCCUGAAACUAAAUUUAUUUAUUUCUUUAUUAAUUAUAUAUUAUAUCUAACAGUUUAAUUCACAGGUAACAAUUUUUAAGAUGCGUUAAAACCAUUUGUAUAUGUCAUAUGGAUCCGUUAUUCCGUAUAGAAAUAAAUGAAAUUUGAUGUAUAAUAUAUUAUACACAUUAUUCUAAUUCAUAUGAUUAGAAUAAUAACGAUCGUGUUUCUUUUAAAUGUGAACAUAUGUAGGUACUGCUGGUCAGAAAACGUCCGCGGAAGCAAUGAUUACUCUUAUCGCGUGUUGCUUUGGUCUUUUGAUUGGCCGGGGUAUCGGUUUUUAUUUACACGAAACUUCGUCAAAAGGCAUUCCUCUGUACCACGUGAGUUCGGUGCUAAUAGCUAACGGCCUUUCGAUGAUUGUGUGCUGUACUACGAAUGAUUUUUCAAAAAUAAUACUGUUUUUCGGAUGUUACGGAUUUCUUUGGGGUGAGUUAAUUUUUUGUCGAAUAAAUUAACGACAUUCUAAUCAUUAUUAUGUCACAUAACGAGAUCGAUAUUAAUGAGAUAAUUAACAGUUUAUUAUUGUUGUAUUCCCUAGUCCAGUGGUGUAUUUAUGAAGGGAUUAAGGGGACAAGGGGGCAGUGCUGUAACUAGAGAUUGGCGACAUGGGCGAUAGCAAAGGCACAGCAAAGUAAGGGGGCGCAUUUAUGUGGGUAAAUUAUAGUAGGUAUAUAUUAUAAUUAGUACAAUUUGUAGUAGAUAGUUUAAAUUUGUAUUAAAAUCAAAACUAAAAUGUGUUAAAAUGAUGGAAUGUGUGGUAACUUUCGUUUAUCCACUUAGUAUCUUAAAUUUAAUAUUAACAUUUAAUAUUAAUAUAUUAAAAAUUGUAAUCAUGGAAAUUGCAGUAACGUAGUCAGAAAAAGAUUUCUGAAGUGAGAUAAUAAUUAUUUGUGUUAAUAUGCAGUAAACACCGAAAAACCAAUGAUUAAUUAUAGGUACUUGAAAUUUUUGGUUUUCAUUUAGUUUUAUGUGGAUAAAACUAUUUUGACUGAGCAGAUAUAUUUAAACAUUUUACACGACAUUCAUCAUAAGUUGUAGUUGUUAUUAUAGUUCGAAAAAGAAGUUGAAUUUUGUGUAUACGGUACGUUUAAAGUUUUCACUAACAAGUUUUCAUUCAAUAAAAUAUUUAGGACUAUAUCAGUUUAUUAUUAUUAUUUAUUAUUUAGGACUGUAUCAGUCAUAAGAGAAAAUGGUUAAAAGAUAAAACGCACCUUUUGGAGGUUAAGGACUAAUGGCUAGGAGUAGGUUCAGGAUGUUCAUCAGUAAGAUAUAGACUGACUUACUUUUGUGUACCAAAAUUCAGCUUUCGAAUAACUAGUGUAUAUUAGUAACUACGAAUAUUAGUGUGAUGUAGGUACUAAAAUGAUUACUGACUAAUUUUGUUAAUUCGUGUUCAAUGCAGAAUUCCUAUAUAGUAGGCGUGGCAUUGGAAACUUCAAAGGGGUAGAAGUUUCCACUGUUAUGUGUGUCAUUUAAUACCUCAUUUCCAUUACUUUAUAUUUUUCACAAUAUUCUGUGUGUAUAGGAUAUUACAAAUCCAUGCAAUAUGCGGUGUUUCAACAUUGUAUUUUUCCGUUGAAGAAAUUUACCAACAUACGUGGGCAAAUUUCAUUAGUACGAGCUGUAUCGUCUUGUGCAGGAUUAAUGACUGCAAGUGAGUUUUUAUUCAUAAUAUUUAUUAUAACUUUUGUGUAUACCUAAUUAGUGAUUUUUACUAAAAUUAGUAAACUACUACUACUCGCUUAGGUUAAAUGUUAAUAAUCAAAAAUUACAACGUAUGUUUGGUUAGCCUCACUCCCUUUUCGAUUCUCAUCAAGAUACUAGAGUUACGGAGUUGUUCGUGCGAAUUUAUGCAAAUUUCGUGAUAAUAUUUUGUAGGAAAAACAAAUCACUAUCAUAAAUAUUGAGCGGGGGGAGAGGACUGGAGAGACUUCUCUCCUGGGGAUCAAUUUAUCACUAACAUGGGAACAGUGCAAAUUUAUACACUUUACGUGCUAAAUAUUGGGAUAAUUUUUAUUUUAAAUAUUUAAAUUCCCAAUGGGGCGAUAAGAGGCUAAACGUACGUAAAAUUACAUAUUAUAUCUACCUACUAAAAUCUAAUAUGACAAUUGAAAACGAAUAAUAUAUAAGUAGCACAUCACUUUAGAAAUUAUUAACUUCUUUGAAACUAUGUCUAGGCAGUGGUGUAAUUGAGUUGGGUUUGAACAUUUAUUGUUGGGCGUUUUCGUAUUCGGAUUGUUUUCACUUUUUUUGUAAUUUUUUUCCUCUGAAAUUUCGAUAAAAUAUAUCGUCUCGUUGUACCUAAUCGCAUUUUCUAAAUUUUUACAGUAAUAAUUCUAGAAGAGACUUCGGAAAUUGGUUACGUUUACGAGUUCGCGGGCUUGUUGACAGCAGCCGGAGGCGUGUGCCUGGGACUGUUGGAGCCGGUCUGUAGGCGUCAGAUGAACGCUGCGAACAAAGUCGGCUCUAAACAUCCAAAUAUCGUAUUCGAUAUCAAAACAAAAACGCUUCGUGAAAUUAUUAUCGUUUGA